AUGCCGCUACCGUACAUAGACACGCCGCGGACCGAGAUCGACGGAAACGCGACCUAUUUGACAAACGGUCUGCGAAGCGCCUACCGUGGCAACUUAUCUGCAUUGGACUCGGUUGAAAACUCUUUUCAGACACCAUCGAAAGAUGAAGACAUCAUAAAGACUUUGGAGGCCCGAAGACGCGCUUCCAAUGGAGCAAACCAAACACCGCGCGCACCUGGUACCGGAGUCAGAAAUUCACGAAUCGCCCUCAAUGAUCGACGGACACUGCCAGCAAAUCCGCCACCAAAGGGUGAAUUCACCCCCAUGAUGCGAAGCGUGACGCGGAAUAACUACCUUCGAAAUAUGUCAGCCGUGAGAGCUAGUACCGGUCCCAAAACGCCAGCCUAUCUCAAAGACGGCUAUCGAAGUAACGGCAAUACCCCGGGGCUUCCACAAAUUGAUGCAACCAACAUUUACGAGGAUGGAGUAAAUUCUUCAAUGGCCAUGGAAGAUGUAACGCCUUUGCCUCAGGUUGCUAGCAGUAGUGCGCGAAGUACACCGUUGCCAUCUAUGUCGCGCAAAGGAGGCCUCGGACUGUUGAGCUCUGACCAGAAUAUGUUGUCUUUGAAAGAACAAGAAAAUGCUAUCGACAAACUAGACAAGGAGAAUUUCGGACUGAAGAUAAAAAUUCACUAUCUGCAAGAGCAACUCGAAAAAGCCGGUCCAGCGUAUAAUCAAGCGGCGUUAAAGGAAAAUACCGAGUUGAAAGUGGCCCGACUUACCAUGCAACACGAAAUUUCUCGCUAUAAGAAGAAUCUCCACCACGCUGAACGUGACCUAGAAGCAUAUCGUUUACAGCUACAAGAACUUCGGGAGAAGGCCAAACGCAGACAAGCUGACGAAGCGAUGCAGCGUGAGAUGGAAUAUUUGCGCGAAGAAAUCGCAACUCGAGAGACCCAAGUCAACAACCUCCAGGAAGAACUACGGAAUGCCAAAGAAAGCGAGUCUGAGGAGGUGGAGCGGCUGCGUGAUGAGAUCGAAGACCUGGAAGCAACAGUUCGUGAAAAGGAACGCAUGAUUGAUGAGAAGGAUGAAGUAAUAGAAACCCUAAAAGAAGAUGAGGAUAAAGAUGGCAACGCGGUCGCUGAACUGGAGGCCGAGUUGCAUCGGGCAAAACAACAAUUGGAAGAGUUCCAGAACGAUUUAGAAAAGGCCAGGACAGACGUACACGAGGCCAACCGCAAUCGAGAACAAGCCAUUGAAGAAAGGGAGAAGGCGGAGGAAAAUCUCAAAGAACUUCAGGAUGAAAUGGCAAACAAGUCAUUUUAUACGAAAGGUCUCAGUCGCCAACUCGAAGAGAAGACUGAAGAUCUUGAAAAGGAGCUUGAUCGAUUGCGCCAGGAACAUGCUGAUCUGAAGGAAGACUAUGCGGCCAAGGAGCGUCGAGAGGAAAUGCUUGAAGGCCAAAUAGAAGAACUUCAAGAGGACCAUAGGUCAGCAUUGGAAAAACUUCGCAAUGAAGCCGAUCAUGCUCAACGGCAGAGUGAUCAAUAUCUCUCAGAGCGGGAUGAGGCUCUGGGCCGAUUAAGACAAGUUCUUGACGACCUGGAUCGCAAGACUGAUGAGAAAGAGCUCCUUCAGACGCGUCAACAUGCCCUAACGGAUGAGUCAGCUGGCUUACAGAGGGAGCUGGCGAACGCUCAAUCUACAAUUCGGCAACUUGAGCAAGAACUAGAAGACGAAAAACAACGCGGCCUUGACAGCAAUCAUAGUCUUCGAAUGCAACAUAAGGAAGAAUUAGAGCGAUUAAGUGAAGAGAUCAUGUCCUUACAUCAGGAAAUUGAAGACAAAGAAGGACAGUUUGCACUUGACCAAGACCGUUGGGAAAGUGCAAAACGUACUCUGCAAUCACAAAAGGAACGAGUAGAGGAACAAGCCGCUGGAUUCCGACGCACUAUCGAAAAGCUUCAAGAUGUAGAAUUGACCGUUUCUGGACGCGAAGCCAAACUUCAGGAAGUGAUUGAUAGCGAAAAGGAACGUCAUCUACAGGAAGAGGCUGUCUUGAACCGCCAGAUCAAGGAGCUAGGUGAAGAUAUAGCAUCUAAGAGACAAGUCGUCAGCGAACAACGGAGCGAAUUACUUACGAUCAAGGAAGAGCUUCGGGUUGCUCGCCGUGAAGAGGGAGUUCUCAAAGAGAAAGUUCAAGCCUUGGAGGACGAAAUUUCAAUUUUACGUGCAAGCCUGCAAGAAGAAAAGGAGUACUCGAAGGAUAAAACCCUCAACAGAGUAUCUGACCAAGACAAGCAAUUGCAAAAGGCUUUGGCCGAGCGUCAAACUCUUCGAGAUCAACUCGCCAGUGCAAACCUUGAACUACACAAUUUACGCACCUCCGCUGCGGAGGCCGGGGCUGAACGCGAUUUGCUUCAAAAUGAGCUUAACCAAGUUCAGAGCAAAACUCAUGGAAGUAGCAACUUUGAUCACGAGAAAGUUGAGCUCCGAAAAGCUAAGCUCCGACUCGAAAAUGAGCUUCAGCGGCUGAAGGACGAGAAGACAGCCUUAGUAGAAGCGCGGAAAUCAGUUGAGGAAGCAUUAAACACAGAGAUUGAACGUUCUACAGCAGAAGAAAAUCGACUGUCAAGCGAAAUAGUUCAAUUACAAGAUAAAGUACACGAAAGAUCUGGAGUUCGGGAUCGUGAAUUGACCGCAGCGAAGGGCAAGAUUCAACAAUUAGAAAGGAGAAUAUUGGAGCUCGAAAAUUUGCUAGACCAACAACAACAACCAGUAAAUGGGGAUGGAUCAACUGUCGGUGCGGACAUUCAAUGGCUACAUCAGAGUCUCGACGAGGCCCGAAAGCGAGAGAAAACGCUGCUCGAACGAGAAAUUGAACACAAGAAAUCCAUACGUGAAUUGAGAAAUCGAAUAUCAGAAUUGGAAGGAGCUCUCCAUGAAGCUCAGAUGCAAAAGUUGAAUAUACCAUCGCCUGAAAGGUCAUCAUCCGACAGUCUGCAGGAAGAAGUGCGGACGAUGCGUACAAGGCUAAAGGAGGCACAUAGGAUUGUCAUUGAACUCAAAACAAAGAACCGAGAGUUGGAAAGAGGGGCAAUUCGAGCAGAGGACCGGAAGGACCUCCACGAAUUGCUGAAGUCAUCCACACUCCAGGCUGAGUCGCUCGAACUAAGACUUUCCGAGAGGGAGGCUCAAGUAAACGAUCUUAAAGCAUCGCUUCGAAGGAUCCGUGAAGAACGUUCUGCGGCGCUGAAAAAGUCAGAAAAAGCCAAUCGAGAAUGCGAAGCUCUUCAAGAGCAAUACAAUAUACUCAUGGAUGAUGUAAAUUCCAAAGCAAGCCGGAAGACUCGCCACGAUAAGGAAAUUCGCGGGCUUGGAAAGGAAAUUGUCUGGCUUAGGUCAAGGUUGAGGAGAGAAGAGAAGUUCCGUCAUGAUUUGGCAUGGAGCAAAGGGCUCAUGGAACUUGGCGAAAGAGUUCGAGCAGCUUGCAAUGAGGCGGAUCUUCACAUGAUUGCUCAGAUGGGUAUCCACGCACCUGAGCCCAAGAAAGUUCACGAUGCACGUCGUAAGAUCCGCACAGCAGGCCUUGCGGUGAUAGCAACGGUUCGGAUGCAGCGCAUGAGUCAAGAAUGGAGCAAGGCCCGGAAACUUGGAGAAAGUCUUCGCCGUGCUAAGAAUGAACUCUCAAUGAAACGAGACAGUCAGAGGCGACGUGAAGGAUCUCUAGGAAUUUCGGCCUCUUAA